AUGUCAUAUCAAUCAGCAAUCGCUUUAGCCUACACCUUUGUUAUUCUCGUCAUCAUCAAAUACUUCAUUUGGGCCCCUAGGAAACAUCAUACAGCUCCGAGGCGCUUACGUAAUGUCAAAGAAUGUUUGUACCUGCUCAAAAGUUCUACCCUGAAGCAGCGAGCAUCCCCAAAUCAAAGGCUGGUGAUAGCGUUCGGGAUAGAUAAUGCUUUCACAACCGUCGAUCCUAUACAUGCCAAACGAUUCGUCAACCAAUCAAAAUCUCUUUUGAGAACCCAGGGUGACGACUGGAAAAUGCUCACGCAAUUUGCGUCCGACUGGACGAAACAGGUUGUCUUUGUGAAGCUCCAAACUUCAUGCUCUUUCCGCCUACUACCAAUGGUCCAGGCGCUUGUAUUCCACACUGUAUUACGAAAAUUCUUUCCAGCGAUCUCAACACCAUCGGAUAGCGAAGUUGAAUUCAUCACGUCUAGAAUCAAUUCGCUCUGGAUCGCGUCGAAGGGAAUUGCCUGUCAAGAUAAAACACAGUUGGUGUACCAGAGGAAAGAAUUCCAAUCCCGACUCCAAUCAACUUUUUCGCCGAACAAAUCGCAGUCAGGAGAAGAGAACCCGCUAAACAUACUUCUUCCCGCCUACGAGACACUGUGGCGUGUAGUACUGCGGAUAUUUCUCGAGGUACAAUUUCUAUCAGAACCACAACGGGUCUGCGAAUAUGCAGCGCAAUUUGAAAAGUUCUUAUUAGACCCCACGAGAGGAAAGUUUGAAGAGGAGACACAGAUUCAAGAUGGAUUGAGUGUUUCUAUCAAAGGUAUCGUGGCGGAGGGACUACGCCUAUAUCCCCCGACCAGGCGGAUCUAUAGGGAAAUAGAUGGUGAGGAGGUUGCUGUUGAUGUUGAAUAUUUACAUCGUGAUGCGACUAAUUGGGGCGACGAUGCUAUGAGAUUUAUUCCAGGUCGCUGGGCUACGCUUACCACAUGCGACGCGGGCAAGAGGGGUUAUAUGCCGUUUGGUGCAGGAACUUUUGAGUGCCCAGCGAAGCCUGAAUUUGGGUUGUUUGCGAUUGGUAUCAUGGUUGGCGUCUUAGUAACCAAAUUUGCGAACCAGUUUGAAUUAAAUGGUGGCGAUGAUUUGGGGCCACUUGAAAACGUGAGAGAUGCGUAUAGCGAGCUUGAACUGCGAAGAAAGAUUUAA